GCUGAAGCCGUUUUGGUCUGCAGUGCCCCAGUGCGAAGUUGCCCAUCUUACUAAUUACUACCCACCACUUACUACCGAUGCCCAAGCAGACGCCUAAGAAGCCAGCCGGAGUCAAGGCAAAGCAGGCUGUGCCCUCUUGGGCCCUCAAGUUUGGGGCCUCGACACUUGUUACCGGUGCGGUCAUCUAUCUGUCGGUGCUCGUGUCGCCGCAGGAGAGCAAGGUGACCGUGCUGAACGACAAGUCGUUCCACAAGUUUCUGGCUGAGCACAAGGACGGCGCGCUGGUCGAGUUCUCCAAGAAGGGGUGCACCUUCUGCACCAAGCUCGCUCCCGCCUACGAGGGAGCGGCGAGGCGAUCGGCCGACGAGGGUGGCCCCGCGUUCGCGAUCGUGGAUUCGGAGGCGUCGCCCAAGGUCAUCGAGGCGCUCGGCAUAGACAAGUACCCCAUGGUGUACUGGUUCUGGGGGGGCGAGAACACUUUGGAGCUCGAGCGCGCCGCCGAGAAGACCGCCGACGACAUCGUCGACUUCGUGAAGUGGGCGCAGUCGCCGGCCCUCCAGCUGCUGGACACGCGGGCGGAGAUGGAGGAGGGGCUGCCACUGUUCCGACAGUCGCUGGCCAAGGACCACAAGCUCAUCGUGGCCUACAAUCGCACCGACUCCCCUCUGCUCCACGACGUGUUCGAGUAUGCAGCUCAGAAACACCGGGCGUCGCACAUCCUUUUCCUGUUCGUCCGCGAAGCCGCCGCGGACGGGGCGCUCGCCAGGGCUUACGGGCAGAAUGAGUCACUGGACGCGGAGCUCUCGGAGUGGAAGGGCCGCGACGAUGUCCUGAGCUGGGUCAAGAUUCAGGUGGACGAGGUUGCCCUCAAGGGCCUGGAGAAGAAGAUCGAGGUUAACAAGGCGAAGCUGGCGGAGUUGAAGAGGGAGGAGGAGGAGAAGGCCAGCGCGACCUCGGAGCUGUAGCGCGCCGCUCGGUUCGCUAGUCGGCGCUGCGCCGCCCUCUGCGCAUGCCCCAGCUGUAAUGAUCUCUUACUCUUUCCCCUCUUCCUUCUUGCCUAACCUUCCCUUUCCACAUGAGCGACGGAAAACAACGGGGUCGACCGCGCGGAUAUUCGUGCCUAGGUUUCCCGUGUGAGCUCUCACAUAAGCACCCUCUUCUCUACGCGUUGUGCCACGCUGGCGGUCCGCGUGAGUUGCGGCAUAAGGUUGCCAUGCAAUCAUGCGCAAGAUCUGUUUUUUUCAGUCGCCAACCUGGAGCUGCUGGGGAUUUUCCUGACGGCUUGUUUGAAAAGCGCGCCGCGCGUCGCGUCGCGGCCUCACCGCCGAGCGCCCGGGCCCGCGGAUGACGCGCGCGCCCUCCUGCGCGCGCGCACAUGACGCGCGCGCACCUGCGGCGCGCACGGCGGCGAAGUGGCCCGACGGUGUGGGGUUGCCGCCUGGGGGGACCUGUGACGGAGUCAGGUGCUCCCAGGCGAAGUCUUUCUCGUAGGUUGUAGAUGCUCAGGGCCGCCGAGGGGGGGGGCAGGUUUGGAGGGUUUCUCCGAAGGGCAUAGGCGACCCGUCCUCCUCCUCCUCCUCCUCCUCCUCCUCCUCCUCCUCCUUCUCCUCCUCCUC